AUGGAGGGUUUCGACCCGAUAUCCAUGACCUAUAUGGCCACAAACUUUGACACGUCCGACAACGUGAACCCCCCUCCAAACAUGUACGGGAACAUGAUGAUGAUGCCUAAUGAUUUCAUGGAACAAUACUCUACCUACGACUCGCAGACCAUCUACCCUGGAGACGAGUACUAUGGACUACCACCGCCACAAACGACGCCAUCGCUCAAGCGCUUUUCCAGCACCUUCGACGACGCUUUCUCCGACGCUGUCGGAGCCUUUGAGACCAUCGCCGAAACAGGGACCCAAGAUGCUCAAGAUGCGCAAGACGCAAAAGAGAUAGCUAUAGAACAAGGCCAUAAAUACCUGAAAUUCACGCCGCCCGAGUACGAGUAUGCCUUGCUAGAUUACAACUAUCGCCAGGUCUCGGUGAGCUUGAACGCCGAUCUGUUAGGUCUCUUCUUCACCGAUAAUUCGGCUUGGGCCAAACCAACAGACAAUGCCGAGUUGAUGUGCUAUCGCCGCAACAUCUUCCAGGUCUCGGGCAGUGUCAUGGUCCCACGAGCGCUUCGCAACAUUGUCACCGAGCAGACGAAACAGAUCCCUAUCGUAACUCAAGAGGUCAUCAUCUCUGCAACAGAGUCUGCCGAAGGGAGCAUUACAAAGAUCAUUUGUGUUCCUUGGAAGACGCCGCCAAAUGGUAACUCAACCGCCGAAGAAAGGGCCGAGAAGGAACCACCGUCAAUAUCGCUGGACCUUUCGGCUGCUCAAGAGGGAGAUUCCAACUUUGCAACAUUCCCCUUCCAUUGGAAACGUUUGCAAUUCCGUAGCGCCACAGCGAACAACGGCAGAAGGAAAGAGCUACAGCAGCACUUCAUUGUGCAUCUCAAGGUUGUGGCCACUCUUGCGACUGGAGGAAAAGUUACCAUUUGCCAUUCCAAAUCGAAUCCUAUCGUAGUCAGAGGUCGCAGUCCUAGGAAUUUUCAAUCAAGAAAAGACAUCCUGCUCACUGGAAACGGAACGCAGGCAAAGAAGCCUACCACAGCAGUUCCAAGGCCGCGUGUACCAUCGCAAGCAGAUCAUGGUCAUGCUAGGAAACCAUCUCGCAGCAGCGUAGUCAAUAUGCCCAUGAACGAAGCUCCUGUCAUUACAACUUUCGAUCCUGCAGACUUCCAGAUGCCUGCACUCUUUAACAAUGGCUUCCAACAAAACGCCAUGACAGCGAGACCCCCUACUGCACGUCUUUCGGAGCCCAAGGACUACGCCGUCUCAUCUCCAGACCUGGUUCGCCAACCAUCAACCAUGCCUGCCCCACCUCAAGUACCACAAAAGCUGUCGUUGACGGAGGAGGAGGAACCUAAGCAAGCCUCUAUGAGUCCGCCAAGGAAUGGGCAUUUGAGCAAGCGUGUAGCUCCGAAUCGCGCCGCGAGCACGCCCUCUGCCUUUGCCUUACAGGUUGGUAGCAGUCCAGAUGAGAGUGCAGAUCUGCUUUACGAAUACUUCCCGCUGAGCUUGGACGAUUGGCAACCUCCCGUCGAUGCUGUGUAUCGCCCCCACGUCGUUCAUCACAUUAACCCACUGCCUGAGAACAAAGCUCGUGACCGUCUAAGUCGUCUAAAAAAUAAACGCUAUUUCAGUGAAGACGUGGGCUGA